GUGACAGAGUGACGUAUACAAUCGGAACAGGAAGUAAUCGAAACGGCAAGAGCAGCUAUAAAUUAAAUAACAAUGGAGACUCGGUACACCAGAGGCAAGUCUGCUAUUCUGGAGCGGCCUCUGACCCGACCUAAAACCGAAGUGAGUGUGAGCGCUUUCGCCCUGCUGUUCUCCGAGGUGGUGCAGUACUGCCAGAGUCGGGUGUACUCGGUGUCCGAGCUGCAGGCUCUUCUGGCGGAGCUGGGUCAACGGGUGGGAGGCAGCCUGCUGGAAGUGCUGGUGCUGAGAGAGAAGAACGGCAAGAGGGAGACCAAAUUGCUGAACAUACUACUGUUUAUCAAGGUAUCUGUGUGGAAAGCCCUGUUUGGCAAGGAGGCAGAUAAGCUGGAACAGGCCAAUGACGAUGACAAGACCUACUACAUCAUUGAGAAAGAGCCUCUUGUCAACACAUACAUUUCUGUUCCUAAGGAGAACAGCACCUUGAACUGUGCAGCCUUCACCGGAGGCGUCAUAGAGGCCAUCCUCACCCACAGUGGCUUCCCUGCCAAGGUCACAGUCCACUGGCACAAGGGCACCACACUUAUGAUCAAGUUUGAUGAGGCGGUGAUCGCCAGAGACAAGGCACUGGAAGGCAGAUGAGGGAGCGAUCGGAUGAGAGAUUAAGAGGGUGUAUGUGGCUGAAGUUAGUGUUUAUUUACUAUUGGAAUGUCAUUGCAGACUGUCAUGAAACGCACAUUCACUGAUUCAAGAGAACUUGAACUUGGUGAAAAGAAGAGUAGGACUGCAAAUAACAAUAGUUUACAUCAUCGAUUAUUUAAUCAUUUGGUCUGUCAAGUAACAAAAAAUAAAAGUAAAGAGAAAAAUGCCCACCAGCAUUUCUCAGGAUCAAGUUUGCAUAUUUAAGUUGUUUGUUUUGUCUGAUCAACAGUCCCAACACCUGAAGAGAAAACAAAAAGUAGUAAAUACUGACAUUUGAAAACCUGGGACAAGUAAUUUUUGUUAUUUUUAAAAUUGUUGCAGAAAUCUUUUGUCACUCAAUCAAAAACAACAUGGUAACUGACUGAUCAUUUCAGCUAUAAAGUAAAGUAUACUGUGAAUACACUGAAAGUAUCUCUUUCUCAGACGUAUUUAUUUAUUAAUUUUUAACUAUGUAUAGUUCAUUAAUCAUAAAUUGGGUUCACAUUCAAUGGCAAGAAGUCACUUUGUUCUGCCAGAAGACAACAUUUUAGACCAUCUGGCUUUCAUUAAUGUCACAAUCUGAUGGUAUGACUGCUACUUUAAACAUUACACACAGAUGAAACUUGCUUGAAUUACUUAGCCUGCACCUUGUUGAGUAAUCAUGGAUAAAACCAGGUGCAGGCUAAUUAACUCCAGAGGUUUCAUCUGUGUGUAAUGUUUAAAACAGCAGUCGCACUGUGAAAUUGUGACACUGACGAAAGUAGUGAUGGGCAUAUCAAGCUAAAAUGCUAUUUGAUAUUCGCUGGGAACUAUUCGACAAUUAUUCAAAGAUCAUUGACCACCAUCGUACAGUUUAUCCAGCCAAGUCAUGACCAUUUUUCUUUAUAGCUGCAUUCUCUGCAUUUUUCUGCUGUUUGUAUUUGGCAGUGUAGUAAAAUGAUAGACUGACCUCGUUGGAAAGGGAAAACCAUGGCUCUUUGUUUUAAAAGACAAAACCAUAGCUGCAUGAAGUUGUGUUUUUUUUAUGAUUAUUUGAAUAUUCGAAAAUCAUUUUACAUCCCUCGAUGAAAGCCAGAUGGUCUAAUGCUUUGUCUUCUUGCAGAAUAAAGUGAUUUCUUGCCAUCAAGUGUGAUCCUCGUACACAAUUACUGGAUAAUAUUACUGGGAUAAUGCACCAAUUUGUCCUGAGUGCGGUGGAAAAAGUCUGACAAGCAUAUAAUCACUACAGAGGAAAAGGGAUCACAUCCCUCCAAUAUAUAGAAAUGGAAAUUUGGCCCCAUCAGUACUUGUCUUGACCCCUCAUCAAAUGCUUCCAAAAGGUAAGAGAACAAAUUCACCCUCCUCCAAAUUCAGUGAUAAACCGCCUUCUUCAUGUUGGUUUUCAUGUCAAGCAGCAACAAUGAAGGCAACAGCUAUGCAUACGAGCACACGCCUAUGUUUUUGACUGUAUCGUCUGUGCGCCACCUACAAUUGGUCAUUUACAGGUCUGCUACUGCUCAAACCACAGCAUCAGUUUUGUACAAGUUCAAUAUAAACCUCUGUGUUAAUGUUGUUGGUGAUGAACACAUCUGGACAGGUGUUUGUCAGAGUAGCAGGCUGAUAUAAACAUAUCUACACAUGUAUGUGUGGGGCAGAAAAUAAGCCUUGUCAGGGAAAACAUAAUACCAGAAUGUGUAUUUCUCUGAAACAGUUGGUUAAUCUGGUGCUGCAAAUGACAUCCACAGUUUCCAAGCGAAACAGCUGAUGGAAAAUCUAUUAUUUCCCCAUAUUCCAUAUUAGUCAGAUGUGUGACUGCAUCUAAUGAGAGGCCUAAUGUGGUAAUACUCUUCUCAGAUUGGGUAUAUGUGACUGUAUGGUAUGACCCACACAGCACUGUAAUGCAGUCUAACAGGGUGUAUUAUUAGGUGGGGCAGCCUGCAAUUAAAGCAUUAGUGGUUGGCGUGUGUGUUCAUGCAAAAUGAUGUUCAUACCUGUGUUUUGCUCUGAUAAAAUCUAAAUAAAUACAUGAAGAGGCAUUUCUGAGUGUAGCAGAUGAAUGUGAAAAGUGAACGUUCUCAAAACAUUACAGUGCAUAUUAGUUUAUUUUGGGGAGGGGGUUAACACCCACUUUUAUUCUUGAGAUGUCCUUUGUUUCAUGUCAUAUUGUGCAAUAUUUUUGCACAAAUGUACUGACUUGAAUGGUUUUGUUGGUCAGGAGUUUUUAUUUUGAAGGCCAUUGCCCCAUUAUGUUGUUUCCUGUUUUUCUAGGUCCUCCUCAGUUAUUGAGGAAAGUGGAGGAGAGAUGUGUAACAGAGUGACCUGCCUUCUAGUGGAUGUACUGAUUUAUUUGUGUUUCACACAGAAUAAACUCCUCUCCUGUGGGUGGCAAA